UAUUAUUUUUUUUCGAAUUGAGUUUGUUGAAAACAUUUUUUGAUUAAACUUCUGUCUUUUCCUUUUGAUAAAGUGAUGUUACUUGUUUCUUGUUUGGUUGCCAUGGUUUUGGAUUUGUGCUUAUUUUGGGCAUAUCUUCAUUUUUGCAUUGUCUACCUUUCCAUUCAAUAGACUCUGUCCUUUUCUAUGCAAAAUACCCAUUCAUUUAUUAGUUUCUAUGAACCUCUGUACACCAGUCCUAGGGGAUUUAAUCACCUCUUCAAUGAGUUUUUUUUUUUUUAAACCAAACACGUGUUAUUUUGAAUUUAUUUUUCAAACGCAAAUUGUUGUUUGAACUCGUGACUUGGAAAUUUUUUACAUUAGGCAGUAUUUUGAAAAAACGAAGUCAUAAAACUACUUGAAUUUGAAAAUAAGUUCAAAACAACUCGCAUAUGAAAGAUUUGUUUAAAAAUGGCAUAGAAUUGGUAAAUACUCAUCUCUUCAACAUAUAAAUAGGAAAGCUAUAAAAUAGAGUAAAUGAAAGGAGAGUGAAACAAGGAAAUAACUGAUUGGAAGAUCUGAUUCUUAUGCUAUUGCUUUUAGUACUGUAACUUCUUUUUAAAGCUUGAUAUAGCUGGUAGGAGAAAACUGUUGAGUUCCAUUUCAUCUUCUUCAGUCUUGCAGUUUCUUGAAUUGAGCCAUUGAUUUUCAGAAUAAGAUGAAAAAGUCUUCUCCGAUAUACCCCGGAUAUGAAGGUGGGGAUUAUGGUUUUGAUCCCCAGCUGGAUUUUUCACAGUUCUUGGAAGAAGCAAGGAAGCACGCAAGCAAAGAGAAUUUUCAGGUUGGGCCACAAUAUCGAGAAGAUCAAAAGAGACAACUAGAUGAAGCGCAAAAGAACAAGAAAUCAUGGAAAAAGUUCAUCUUUUCAUGGUGGAAAACCGACAAGAAGAGCAAUUUCACAGUUGAACCUCAAACUAGUUUUCAAAUUUCUCAACCAAAAUGUGGUCGUAUUUCUUCUUCCUCUGGUCUGAUAUAUGGAAGUGGAGUUGGAGGUGGAGCAAGCUGCAAGCCCCGGCGUCCAACAUCUGGGCCCCUCACUAGUCUCUUCCAGCCAGCAAAGACAGUGGAGAAUGAGAUACCCUAUAUGUGUCUUGACAAGCUUGAGGUCCCUCAUGGUGUUCAAUCCUAUGGACCUGUUUACUUGGUAACAUAGUGAAGAACUAGGGGAUUGCAAAUUGGCAAUUCUGUUUCCAUCUUGAAGAAUCUUGAUGAAAUUGUCAAGUGGAGAGUUACAAAAAUGUGGUAAAAUUUGAAUACCAGCUAUGAUGGAUAUGAAUGGCUUGAAAAUUAGCAAACUAAAUUGAAAUGCUUAAUUAAUUAUAGCAUUUUUUGGGUUAGUUAUAGAAUUAUCAAUAUAAGGACUUCUUGAGCUUUUUAUUUU